CUGAUCCGAUCUGCCACAUGUCGCACCUGAUGAUUCCCCCCAUUAAUCAUAUCAAGAAAAUAUCAGACUUUCUUGGUGGCCCUUAUAUUCUCCUUCCCCUCUCUCUCCUUCCAGCCUUCCUCCCACUUAACCCCUUCAAAGUCCACUCUUCCGCUCUCGCUAAACAGCAGUACAGCACCGGAAAAAGAAAACCAGAAGGAAAAAAAAAAAAAAAAAAAAUUCCCAAGAAAGACAUGGGAUCCAUCCGGCAAGCUCACAACGUCAAAGUCCUCGGCGCCGGCGACCAAGUCAUCGUCCUAGCUCACGGCUUCGGCACCGACCAAUCCGUCUGGAAGCACCUCGUCCCCCACUUGGUUGACGAGUUCAAGGUCAUCGUCUACGACAACAUGGGCGCCGGCACCACCAACCCGGACUACUUCGACUUCAACCGCUACUCCGGCCUCGAAGGCUACGCCUACGACCUCCUCGCCAUUCUCGAGGAUCUCCAGGUCGAGAGCUGCAUCUUCGUCGGCCACUCCGUCUCCGCCAUGAUCGGCGUCAUCGCCUCCAUCAGCCGCCCUGAGCUCUUCCUCAAACUCAUCCUCCUCGCCGGCUCCCCCAGGUAUUUGAACGAUGUGGAGUACUACGGGGGAUUCGAGCAAGACGACCUGGACCAGCUCUUCCAGGCGAUUCAGUCCAAUUACAAGUCCUGGUGCGCCGGAUUCGCUCCCUUGAUUGUCGGCGGCGACAUGGAGUCGGUGGCGGUACAGGAAUUCAGCCGGACGCUGUUCAACAUGCGGCCCGAUAUAGCCCUCAGCGUGGCCCAGAUCAUCUUCCAGAGCGACAUGAGGAGUAUUCUCCACAUGGCUACCGUCCCCUGCCACAUACUCCAGAGCACCAAGGACCUCGCGGUGCCGGUGGCGGUGUCGGAGUACCUGAACCAGCACCUGGGCGGGGAGUCCAUCGUGGAGAUCAUGCCGUCCGACGGUCACCUGCCGCAGCUGAGCUCGCCGGACGUAGUGAUCCCGGUGCUGCUCCGGCACAUUCGCUGUGAUAUUACUCGUCAGUGAGAUACCGGGUUUGGGGAGCGAAUUUGUGGGUGUAGUGUUCUCUUGAUCUGUGGGUGUGUUUUUAGCUUUUUCUAGUUGCGCGCUGUAAUUGCAGUUUGGUGUGCUGGAUUUCCGGUUGUGUAUUCUGGUUUGUGUUCAAGAAGAACUGUUGAUAAUUAGGAUGUGCGUCGGUGGUAGGAAAUUGUGGAAAGGAGUAAGGACAACAUAAUAAUAAUUAUUAUUAAUUAAAAGAAGAAGAGUUCUGGCGGUUGGUGGAUGGCAUCGUCACCGUCCGCCGCCGGUUCCGUUGGGAAAUGUGUUAAGGGCAGUCACCGUCCGCCGCCGGUUCUUCGUUGGAAAUGUGUCGAGGGCACUGAAGUGGAGCUGUAGAGGGCAUUUAAUAUAGUGGUGGCCUAGACACAGCCACUUGCAACCAAUCUAGCGUCCAUGGCCCAAUGGAGUUCCACGUGAUGUCUACUUUGCAUAAGUGGACAAAACAAAUAUCAAGGC